GCUCGCGCGAAUAAAAGUAAUUACAUUUGUGCGGCGCAUUUCAGUCUACGUUGAGGCGUUGAAGCAGAGAGUGUACACAAUUGGCAGUACAAAAAUACAUUCGCUUGUGCGUGAUUUAUUACAUUUUUAAGUAACUAAAUAAACUAAGAAACCAAACAAAAUGAGCUCCGCUGAAUAUUAUCCAUUCAAGUGCACACCCACCGUCUACCCCGCUGAUCCUUUCGAUCCCGUCGAAGAUGCAGCCAUUCUACGCAAAGCCAUGAAGGGUUUUGGCACCGACGAGAAGUCCAUCAUCGAAAUCUUGGCACGUCGCGGCAUCGUGCAACGUUUGGAAAUCGCUGAAGCUUUUAAAACUUCCUACGGCAAAGAUUUGCUUUCCGAACUGAAAUCAGAAUUAAGCGGCAAAUUCGAGAAUGUUAUCGUCGCAUUGAUGACACCAUUGCCACAAUUCUAUGCCAAUGAAUUGCAUGACGCCAUUUCGGGGUUGGGUACCGAUGAGGAGGCAAUCAUUGAAAUUCUCUGCACACUUUCCAAUUAUGGUAUUAAGACCAUUGCACAGUUCUAUGAACAGAGCUUUGGUCGUUCAUUGGAGUCCGACUUGAAGGGUGAUACCAGCGGACACUUCAAACGCUUGUGCGUAUCGCUGGUGCAGGGUAACCGCGAUGAAAACCAGGGUGUUGAUGAAGCCGCCGCUGUUGCGGAUGCACAAGCUUUGCAUGAAGCCGGCGAAGGUCAAUGGGGUACCGAUGAGUCCACAUUCAAUUCAAUUUUGAUCACACGUUCGUACCAGCAGUUGCGACAGAUCUUCCUCGAAUACGAAAAUAUCUCUGGUAACGAUAUUGAGAAGGCGAUUAAGCGCGAAUUCAGCGGCUCCGUGGAGCGGGGCUUCCUCGCAAUCGUGAAAUGUUGCAAGUCGAAGGUUGACUACUUCGCCGAACGUUUAUACGAGUCCAUGCAUGGUAUGGGUACCAAGGACAAGACGCUGAUCCGUAUUGUGGUCAGUCGUUCGGAAAUCGAUUUGGGAGAUAUUAAGGAAGCAUUCCAAAAUAAAUAUGGCAAGAGCUUGGAGUCUUGGAUCAAGGGCGACACCUCUGGCGAUUACAAACGUGCCCUAUUGGCUAUUGUCGGAUUCUAAGACCGAAAAUAGACUUUCAAAGAAAACAAAUAAAACUGAAUGUAUUUUUAAUUUACUAAAAGUACCUAAUGAUGAAAGAAAUAUUGUAUAAACAACGGAAGUCAAACAAGCGAAAUGCAAAUGGCGGUGCUGUUCACCGUUUAUCUCCUAAAAAUAUGCCUUAUAAAUGCACGUCAAAGCGCACAUAAACUUACUCGUUCAUACAUAUAAAAUCUCAAGAAAACAUUCUCAACUCAACUACCUAUUUAUCUACAACUUAAUCUGCCUAUAAAUAUACAAUACCGUUGAAGUUUGAAUAAUUGUUGACUUUUGUAAAGAAAAUAGCAAAAAGUGCCUGUUUAGGCAUUAAAUGUUAUUCUACUAGUGUACCAUUCACACUUUUUUACGUCGAAUAUUAUUGUGUUAUGCAUCAAAUCUCAAUUGUUAUUUUUAUUUAUAUAUUAUUCCACAUUAAAGAAACAUAUUUUAUAUAUGAAAAUCA